CCGAUGUACCGAUGCGCUAGCCAGGCAAAGUGCAUGAAUGAACGUUUCUCGCACGUUUUCCUCUCCGAAAAUGAAGACCAAGCAGUACAUCAGCUGCCGGUUCCCUUCUUCGGCGCGCUGAUGCGUUUUUGACCGAGCUUGGUGGCGAAGAUUGGUCAGGUGUGGGUAGGCAGCGGGAGAGGAAGCAGGGUGCACUCCCCGGUCGGCGAGCAGCCCUGAGACUGAAGAGAAAUGCAAAGCGAUGUGAAGUAUUCCGCGAUCACCGUCCGAAAACAAGAGUGGGAUCGAUCCUCUGUAUUACGUUCUAGCUUGUAGGUCAAUACCGGCUGAGUGCACUUGUCAUUCCCCUGCCAAUCAUCGUCGGUGCUAUCAUUAGGACGAAUAUUUGGAACAAAGGUUUGCGUCGUCGCAACGCUUUGCAGGGAUUUAUUUUGAUCAAGAGAUGCUCCCACAUCCUAUCCACAAGGGCAUUUCCAGCCUUAGCCGCGCAUGAUGCCAGUCCUUGACAAAAUAGGGGCAAGUUCGAUUUAACCAACCUCUUGGGAAGAAAUAUUCUCAGAGGAACUGCAUAGCAAGUUGAAAAUAUUCCUUGCU